UGGCGGCGGCUGAAGAUGGCGGCCGACAGUGAGCCCGAAUCGGAAGUGUUUGAGAUCACGGACUUCACGACUGCUUCCGAGUGGGAGAGAUUUAUUUCAAGAGUUGAAGAGGUUUUAAAUGACUGGAAGCUUAUUGGUGUUUCAUCAGGAAAACCUUUAGAAAAGGAUGUAUAUACCACAGAAACAUGGGAGGAAAGAUCAGAUGAGAUUUCUUUUGCAGAUUUCCGAUUCUCUAUCACACAUCAUUGUCUUGUGCAAGAAUCAUACAAAAAGGAUUCCAAAGAGGAGCUAAUAGAAGAUGCUCUUCCAGUUGCUAUGCAAGACCUACUGUGUAUGAACAAUGAUUUUCCUCCCAGAGCACAUUGUCUAGUGAGAUGGUAUGGCUUGCGUGAAUUUGUGGUCAUUGCGCCAGCAGCAAAUAAUGAUGCUGUUCUUAGUGAAUCCAAAUGUAACCUCCUACUAAGUUCAGUUUCUAUUGCAUUGGGGAAUACUGGGUGCCAGGUGCCAUUAUUUGUGCAAAUUCAUCACAAAUGGCGAAGAAUGUAUGUUGGAGAGUGUCAGGGUCCUGGGGUUAGAACAGAUUUUGAAAUGGUUCAUCUUCGGAAAGUGCCCAGUCAAUAUACUCAUGUAUCAGGACUAUUAGACAUCUUCAAAUCCAAGAUUGGUUGUACAUUGACUCCAUUGCCUCCAAUUAAUAUAAGUAUUAGACUUACAUAUGUCCUUCAGGACUGGCAGCAAUAUUUCUGGCCCCAACAACCACCAGAUAUAGAUGCUUUGGUUGGAGGUGAAGUUGGAGGGCUAGAAUUUGGGAAGUUACCAUUUGGAGCCUGUGAGGAUCCUAUCAGUGAACUCCAAUUAGGAACUACUUGGCCUCAUUUAACAGAGGGUAUAAUUGUGGACAAUGAUGUUUAUUCGGACUUGGAUCCCAUGCAAGCUCCUCAGUGGUCUGUGAGAAUCCGAAAAGCAGAUAAUCCACAAUGCUUAUUGAGUGACUUUGUUACUGAAUUUUUCAAGCUGUGUCAUCGCAAGGAAUCAACUGAUGAGAUUCUUGGAAAAUCAGCAUUUGAAGAAGAAGGAAAAGAGAUUGCUGAUAUAAGCCAUGCUUUGUCAAAGCUCACGGAACCAGCACCAGUACCAAUCCAUAAACUGUCAGUGACAAAUAUGGUUCAUACUGCAAAGAAGAAGAUUCGUAAACACAGGGGUGUAGAUGAAUCACCACUGAAAAAUGAAGUCCUCAAUAGUAUUCUCUUGUAUUUAUUCCCUGAUGCUGCUGACAAAUCAGCAGAUGGAUCGGAAGCCAGAAAUAGUACUUCAACAGGAAGCCUCCCUCCUCCAGAUAAUGAAGACUAUAAUCUCUACAUCCAAUUCAAAUCUGCUCCUUUGGAUAGUCUUACGUACAAACUGGCCCUUUGUCUUUGUAUGAUCAACUUCUACCAUGGCGGAGUCAAAGGAGCUGCACAUCUCUGGCAGGAAUUUGUCCUGGAAAUGCGUUACAGAUGGGAAAAUAACUUCUUGAUUCCAGGGUUAGCCAGUGGUGCUCCAGAUCUGAGAUGUUGUUUACUACACCAGAAACUUCAGAUGUUAAAUUGCUGCAUUGAAAGAAAGCGAGCAAGAGAUGAGGGGAAAAAAUCAAAUAGUUUUGACUGCUCAUCCAGUGACACUGGCAUACCUGAUCUGUCGGGCAGAGAUUAUCACAGUGAGAGUGAUAAGGAGAAGGGAGAAGUAGGGAAGUCUUGGGAGUCAUGGAGUGAUAGUGAAGAAGAAUUUUUUGAAUGCCUAAGUGAUACUGAAGAACUUAAAGAAAAUGGACAAGAAAAUGUGAAAAAGGGGGUUGCAAAAGAAGGCAGCAAAGAGUCUUUAGCCUUAAAGCCAGAAGGUCGUCUACAUCAGCAUGGCAACUUGACUUUGCUUCAUCUUGGGGAACCUCUCUAUGUUCCAGUAACACAGGAACCAGCUCCUAUGACAGAAGAUCUAUUAGAAGAACAGUCUGAAGUUUUGGCGAAACUGGGAACAUCAGCAGAAGGAGCUCAUCUUCGAGCUCGCAUGCAGAGUGCUUGUUUAUUGUCAGAUAUGGAAUCCUUCAAAGCUGCCAACCCUGGUUGUUGUCUGGAAGAUUUUGUGAGAUGGUAUUCACCUCGGGAUUACAUUGAAGAGGAAACUGUGGAUGAAAAAGGAAAUGUAGUCAUUAAGGGUGAGCUGAGUGCCCGAAUGAAGAUUCCAAGUAACAUGUGGGUUGAAGCAUGGGAGACAGCAAAGCCGAUUCCAGCAAGAAGGCAGAGACGACUCUUUGAUGAUACUCGAGAGGCAGAGAAGGUGCUGCACUAUUUUGCAGUUCAGAAACCAGCAGACCUUGCGCGGCACCUCCUAUCUUGUGUUCUUCACGCAGCUGUACUCAAGGUAAAGGAAGAAGAAUCACUGGAAGAUAUUACUUCAGUAAAGAAAAUAAUUAAGCAGAUAAUCAUCCAUGCCAGUAAAGGUCUCCAGUUUCCAAACCCAGAAGACAAAAAACUGGAAGAGAUUAUUGCUCAGAUUAUGGGUGUGGAAGCCACAAUUGCCCAAGCAAGAUCACUGAAAGCAAAAUUUGGGAUAGAUAAAUGUGAUCAAGAGGAAGAACGCAAAGAUCUAGAAAAUUUUGUAAAUAGCUUUUUGGAACAGCCAGAGGUAUCUGUCAUUGGUGCUGGAAGAGGGCCUCCAGGCACUAUAAUUCAUAGACUUUUUGUGAAUGCACAGAAGCUGACUGAAUCUUCUGAGGAGGUAGUCACAAUGCUGCCACUUGAUGAAGAGCUGAAGAGGUCUGGCUCCUCAGAUGAGAAGCGAUUGAAUUCAGGAUCAGUUGCAGAUUUUCCAUCACCUGCAGGGCGUGAGGUUAUUUUACGCACAAUCAUUCCUCGGCCUGCCCCUUAUUCUAAACCUCUGCCACAGCGAAUGUACAGUGUACUUACAAAAGAGGACUUCCGACUUGCUGGUGCCUUCUCAUCAGAUACAACAUUCUUCUGAUGUUACUGUAUACCCCAUUGCACUUUGCAUCUUGUGGUGGUGGAAUAUAGUAGCCCUGUUUUGCUGUGAAAGGGUGUGUCCUGAUAAAUGCAGUUUCAGAUAUUAGGAUACUAUCGUAAUUCGUGAUCAGCUUCCUCAGAAGCUUGGCACUUUAGUGCCUGUGCUGAAUACUGUCUUUGUCACAAGGAAUACAUUAAUGAUGUUUUGCAGAACUAUAAAAUGAUUGUUUCUGUUUAACUCCCUUGUCUAAUUAUAGCUAUGACAUCGAGUUUUGUAAAUACUUUUUGUGGGAUGUUGGGAACGGGAUUGCUGCUUUGCAUUAUUGAGCUUUUUCUGAUGGAGGCAGUUUGCCGACAGUGAACAACAUAUGAUAGGACUACAUUACUAUCAAGUGUACAAUUUAAGUGCUUUUGCAACUUGUAUUCUAGUACUAGGUUUAAAAAACCAAUUCAAGUUUAUAAAGCAGUGCACUAGUGAUGCUGACAUAAUUAGAUUAAAGCUGUGUAAAACUCCAGUAAAACAGCUUUUACAAUGCAACUAAUACCCGUGUGUUUUAUUGAAGCUGGCCAAAAAUUAACCUUGCACUAGCUACUGUGAGUAAAAACAAAUAGUCAUGAAGGGCUUCAGGCUACCACAAGUGUUUACCUUUCCAUAGUGUCAUCAUGCAAACAUUUGCUUGUUUAUGUAUGUACUAACGUAUAAGUAAAUGAUUAUUAUUAUUAUUAUUAUUUAAUUUAAAUAAUCGCUGUCAACAUUAAAACAGGAAUUGGUUACUUUA